GCAUUGCAAUUGGUUAGAUCGCACGUCAAUUCAAUUAUUAUCCACUCUAUCUACUCGAGAGACUAUUGCCUCGUUGCUAUAGAAUAGUUGUAUUUCAUUAAGUCUUAUUUCCCCUAGUUUCCAUUUCGCGAACCGUUUAUUUAUUAUGUGAUUAAUAAAUAAUACGCAAUGAGCGAUAAUUUCUAGAAGUUGUCUCGCUAGCCGAGGAAAGUAGCAUGGGCCAGUGUUUGACGAUUGAUUAGUGCUGCCUGUGCCUGCAGGAGAGAAAAAUGGCAGCUGAUUCUUGAAUUGUAUUUCUUAUUACCCUUUGACAGCCUAUUGAUAAUUUCAAGAAGUGUUGUCUAACAGUACAACACAGUGAAUUUAUCUACCCACGGUUUUCGAUGUUUGGGAUGGGGUAACGGGGCGUUGAUGAGUUGGGCAGCCGCGUACGGAGCAGUGGGUAUGCCCUGUGGACGCCUGCCCCGGCCCUUUCAGCACAGGAACACGACAGUGGGGCGAGUGACGGCAGUAUCCACCUAACCACUGAAAUACGUGUACACUAGUGUACACUGUUUGCUGUUUCACAAGACGCUGGCUGUACUACAGUAUGUAGACGGCAGUGUUUCCCCUUUUAGUUUUUGCAAAUGAAAAUGGAGGAAAUGUCUCUGUCAGGCCUGGACAACACCAAGCUGGAGGCCAUAGCUCAUGACAUCUACUCAGACCUGGUGGAGGAUGCAUGCCUGGGCCUGUGUUUUGAGGUGCACCGGGCAGUCAAGCAAGGGUACUUCUUACUUGAUGAGACUGACCAAGAGAGCAUGAAGGACUUUGAAAUUGUGGACCAGCCAGGGGUGGACAUAUUUGGGCAGGUGUACAAUCAGUGGAAGAACAAGGAAUGUGUGUGUCCCAACUGCAGCCGCAGCAUUGCGGCCUCACGCUUUGCCCCACACCUGGAGAAGUGCCUGGGAAUGGGCCGGAACAGCAGCCGCAUCGCCAACCGCAGAAUAGCCAGCAGCAACAAUAUGAAUAAAUCAGAGAGUGACCAGGAGGACAACGAUGACAUCAAUGACAAUGACUGGUCAUACGGGUCAGAAAAGAAAGCCAAGAAGAGAAAGUCAGAUAAGAAUCCAAAUUCUCCCAGAAGAUCAAAAUCCUUAAAACAUAAAAAUGGGGAAAUCAGUAGCAGCGUCAACGCUGACCCCUACAAGUACAACUAUAACUCGGGCAUCAAUUACGAAACCUUGGGGCCGGAGGAACUGAGGUCUUUGCUAACGACGCAAUGUGGUGUGAUAUCAGAGCAUACCAAGAAGAUGUGCACACGGUCACUGCGGUGUCCCCAGCACACGGACGAGCAGAGGAGGACCGUGCGGGUGUUCCUCCUGGGGCCAGCCGCGUCGGCGCUGCCCGAUAUGGAUGGGGUUGAGGAGAGUGAUGGGUACGAUGCCCCCGAUGGACAGGCACUGAUGAGCCGUCUACACUGGGAUGGGUCUUCAGACAUCUCCCCCUCUGAUUCGGCCUCCUCGAAAGCAAGCACCAACAACUCUGACUCCAAAAAGCCUAAGAAGAAGAAGCCGUCUCUGGGUCUGAAUAGUGCUGGAGGAGGCGGAGGCGGGGGCGUUGGUGGGGGCGGAAGCAGCUGCUCGCAAGGAGGCCUGGGCCCCUCAAACCGAAAGAAAAAACCCAAACUGGCCACGGCCCCCAGCACCAGCAUCUACGAUGACAUGAACUAGCAUGCGCACCACCCUCCUUACCCCUCCCCGCCCCAGCACAGCACUUGCUCGAGACCCGAGGUGGACGAGUGUGGCAGCGACGGCCAAGCAAGGUUUUUAUCUACAUCCUGACCUCCGACCCCUUAAGGCACAUGAAAACCCACCUCUUCCAUUCUGCAACAUUGUUCACUGUCACCACCUGUUUACCUAACAGUAGCCAGACACCCCCACAAGGAAGCCACACUUCUUACUUCAUGUCCUGUGGAAUUCCAUCCUGACAGAAACACAGGCGGAAGGGGGAGGUGGGGGUUGUUGUAGAUGUGUUUCCACCUUGGGUCACACUAGAUCAAAUCACUGGGGGUAAUGAGUGUACUGUCCAGACCUGGAUUCACAGGAGGUUCCUCAAGUUGUAGAUCUGAAUUAGGUCUUGUCUGGCAUCUCGCUGAAACAGUGAGAAUGUGUAUCUGCACAGGGGGAAACUACAGUUCGAAACGAGAACCAUUCAAACACGCUGGUUCUGAAUCCGCCUCCUUGCACGGGUUAUUAUCCAUAAUGUACCAAUGGCGUUUUCUCUGUGUUUUUAUUUCUACUUUUUUUUGUAAGACAUGGAAGUAAUUCUGGAAAAGGUGAAUGGAUGUGAACAGUUCACAAAGGGACAGUUUUAAUCUCAUGACCAUUGGAUCAUUCCUUAAGAUACAAUCAUUGUGCUUUUCAUUUCGAUUGCACUGUUUCAAAGUGUAGGACCAAUCCAAAAUACUGAUGGCAUUGAAACUCAUUAAGCUGAUGUUUUGUUAUACCUUUAUUUUUUUUUGUUGAUGUUUUGAAAUGAGAAAGAAACCCUAAGACUCAACUCAGCGUGGUGCUGUUAGUAUCCCUGGGGCCGCUGGACGAGGCGGUCCAAGAAAGCGCGGCACAAAAGCUUUCGUACUUUGCCAUUGGCCGUACAUAAGCGUCCUCCAACGGGAAUGCUGAUGCGUGGUAGGUGAGUGUGGCCAUUUGGGACAACGUGUUGCACAUAGGUGUUUGAGGACUCGGUGUGCGAGUGUACCAUUGAGUGUCUGUGAAGCUGCUUUUGGUUUGCAUGUCGGUGUGUGCGCGCGUGCAGGUUUACAUGCAUGUCUCUGAGCAUGCCGUUGUACGUGUGCGUGUAUUUGGGUCAUCCAUACGCAUCUGUAAGGGUGCCGCUGUGUAUGUGUACGUGUGAGAGUAUUUGGAGGUUUACGUGUACCAGUGUAAUCUGAUUAUGCCACUGUUUGGAUGUCUGUGAGAAGGUGUGGUGGUAUUCGUGUACCUGUGGGUGAGCGUAUUGGUGUGUCUGCACUUAUAGGUGUGUAUGGGUAUUGUGGUUUUUGUGCCUACCCGUGUGUGCGCGUGUAAAAGAAUCAUGAAUCACUAUUUUGACACACGCAGUCUCACCACUGCUUAUUGCAAAAUAAUGUUACACAGUAGUCUGCAUCAACUUGCUUUGUGCAUAAUGCGUCUCAAAAAUGAUCAGCGUUAAAACACUUGUGCUUGUGCACAUUGCUGGAAGUUUAAUGCUGUGUCUCUAUACCUCAAGUUUGAGAACGUUGACAUGAUCACUGUAGCAUGAAACUGCGUUUUUUUCUGAGUAAUCUUCCCCAGGGUUCUGUGGUACCAAAAGGAAAUGCCUUUCCCCUUUGUAAUUCAGUUCAUAGUCUCUCAUUGCUGCAAACAAGAGACUAGCCUUUUUGUUUUACAAAUGCAUUACACUCACUAUUUCUUUCAGCCACCCAGGCUGCAGAAGUGCAGCCUAUUAUGGGCUUUUGGUUUUGGCUUUAGGGCAAAAGGAUAUUUUUCUCAAAAAUAAUUGUGUGCGAUUAUAGCAGGCUGGUCAGGUUUUCAUGUAAUGAGUUUGUCUGUAGUUGCCCCUUUCAAAGACGUUUAUUGAAAUGACAUUUUUUGACUUUAAACACAGCUAAAUCAAAGCUGAGAACUUGAUUUGUUUAAGGCACUAUGCCUUGAAGGGACUAUUUGGCCAGAAGAAUGGGGAAGGCCUCUGUGUUAGCGAUGCUUACUGUGUGUUGCUUGGCGACGUGACGUGACGAGUUCCGUCACCUCACCCUGGUCUCAAGUCUAUAUGAUGGUAUUGGAAGCGAGACCAAAAAACAGCCGAUGUGAAACAAGGCUUCCCCCCCCCUCCCCCGCACACACAUGAGUAUGUGCAUGUGUUUGUGUGUAUACGGACUCCAUGAUGUACAGCCAGCUUAUUUGUUCAAAGAAAUUUUUGAUUUGUCUCAUAGUGUACUGUGGAUGCCUUUUCAUGUAAAUAAAAUCAAGUGUCCGUCA